ACAAGCCAGCUGCCGCUGCGUCUGGAGGCAGGGAGGUCGGGCAGGUUGGUAAACAAACCGGAGGUUGCUUGUUGGAUGCAUGUGUUGUGAAGUUUGAAUAAAGCUAACCUCGACCUGAGUCAGAGACUGUCACCAGGGUCAGCCCUGCCAGUCGUGCAGCAGCACCAGAGAGACUACGCUGCUUCAGAAGUGGAAGACACUAUGACGAACCCCUUAGGGAACUCAGACGGGGCUGUGUUCAGUGAGAAGCCGAGGAUCUUGCAGAGAGGGGCCUGGACCCAGGCAGCACCGUACAAGGAGGAGCAGUUCCACCGAAGAGUCAGUGACUCCAUCGGGAACAGCUACAGCCCUGCGGCCAGAGAUUUAUCCACGUAUUUCAUCUAUAAGCUCCUCGGCUCAAACGACACUCUGGAGCACAGCCAGGACAGGGAGGGGCCAACACGGGAGAGGGAGUGGCAAGUGGUGGCACCGCCAUGUCGUCACGCCAACAGGGUCCUGAAAAAGAGGGAGCCCAAACACAGUUUACAAGCCAGGCGGUUGGAAGCCCCUGGGGCUGUGGGGAGCGGGGAGAGGCUUAUCAGUGAUGCAGCCACCUGGGGCAGUGAUUACCAUCCAGAGGGGCUGGGCUGCUGCUUCUCUCCUCCACCACCGCCUCUGCUUGUGCCUCGCAUGCCUGUGUGUGAAGAGGAGCUGCGGAGAGCCAGCAGACUGCCUCCUCUCCAGAGAGCUCCAGACGAGAGCCUGCGGGUACCCCGGAGGGGGAUGAACCAGGCACCAGGACGCCUGAAACGGGAUCACCCACCACAUGUGGGGUGCCUUCAGGACAGAGAUCCCGACUCUGAGGAAGACCACCCUGUGCACGAUGAUGCCACGAGGGCCGCCCUGGCUAUCUACUUCCCCCCCUCCACCUUCUCCACCCACGGCCUCUCGCGGCCAGCCAGCCCCCAGCAGGCGCACCUGCCCAGGUACUGGGAGCUGAUUGCCCACUCGUUUGACCCCUCGGAGGUGACCCCGCUGUGUGAGCAAUGGCUGGCUGGGAUCAGAUCCCGAAUCCCUGCCGAGCUCGCGGCCAAGCAAGGAGCAGCUCUGCAGGCGCUCAGAGAGGAGGUGGAGAGUGUGUACGCACAGGCCAUGAAGAAAUCCAUCCUGGACUAUAUACUACUGGACCCUGCUGAGCAAGCCAGACUGGGCAUCACUCUGACAGCCAAGCCCUCACACAGUGCAGGACGGGAGUGUUUCCCCUGGCAGGAGCGAGUGCAGCAUGGCCGCAGCAGACUCAUGGGGGCGCUCUACCCCACACACCCCGUCAUGGCCAGGAUCUUGCACAGCUUCCACAGCAAGUACAAACAUUUCCGGCUGCUGGACCUGCAGGCCCUCUCGCGGGAGUUACCUCUGACCAUAGAUCAGUUGACUGAUCACAUGACUGAGCUGGUGGGAAGGAGGGCGGGGCUGCUGCGGGAGAGCUGGCUGCGAGACUCCGCCCACAUUGUCAGCGAGAGCCGGGACUGCAUUGAGGCUUGGAUGCCACAGGAGGAGGCUCUGAGGAUGAGGAAGAUGGCUCACUUCUUCGGCAGUGUGGCGACGCUCAUGUCGGUUAUGUUGCGCAUGGUGGUGACAGAGUCCCUGCAGGAGCUGGUGAGCUGGCUGGAGGGGUACAGCAGAGGGAACGAAUACCAGGGGGGCUACCCACACCACAGCCUGGGCCUGCCCAUCAAACCACAUGCCAUCGUCAUGUUCAUGAAGCUGUCCUGGGAGAAGGCUGAUGUCUCGUUCACACCGUCCAUUGAUGAAGUCACCCGCUGCCUGCACUCGGUAGUGGACAAUCUGGUCCUCAGUGUCCAGCGCUUUCCACGCAUCGAGCACCAGCUGUUCCAGGCUGUAGAUAAACUGCAGAUCAGAUUCAUCAGCUCUGUGCAGACGGGAGAAGAAAUCGUGCUGUUGGCUAAAGCGAGGAUUCGAGCCGUGAUUAUAAAUAACAGCCACGGACCGCAAAGGUACUGCUCUGUGUACCAGCCCUCUCUGUCCCUGCUGUGUGCGGAGGCAGAGAGCCAGGUGGAGGAGUUCGUCAGCAAGGAGCCCAACCUGUGCAGCUACACCCGGGAGAUCAAGCGCUUCCAGGGCCUGGGGGAGGAGCUGUCCUCCCUGCCGGUGCAUGUUCCCAUGGAGCUGCUGCUGCUGGACUGCUCCCAGAUAAAGCAGUGGAUGGUGCAGCGCACACACCAGCUGGCCAGUAUCUUCAUCAGCAGGGUGGCAUCCUCCUCGGAGCAGUUAAACCGGAGCAUCUGCCAGCAGUACGAGGACAUCGUGAGCAGGAUCACCACCAUCUCGGGAAGCACCAGCACCCUGGUGGAGCUGCAGGGCUACGUGGACAAGCUGUGGGGCGGGGACCUGCUGCAGCUCAAGGAGAAGCUGGAGCUGGCGGCUGCUAACCUGCUCUUCUUGCUGGACUUUGCCGCCCUGUCCAAAGAGGACGUCAUUCUGAAUGGGAACACCUUCUCCUGGCCUGACAGGAUUGUCCCCAUCAUCAAGAACAGUGAGAUCCGGUUGCAGAAGGAGCAUGACCAGGCUGUGCAGAGGCUGGGGCAGCGGCAGGGUGAGUUCUCCCGGUGCCUGGCGGAGGUGGCGCUGUUGGUGAAGGAGUUCCAGCGUCGGGAGCGCCUGGCUGAGGCACAGCAGUACGUGGAGCGGCUCCGAGACAUCGGGCUGACCAUCCAGGGGUUCAUCGAGGAGAAGAGCCAGAUUAACCAGGAGGAGGCACUGCUGGGGAUGGGUCAGGUUAGCCCCUACCCCGAAAUCGAGGAGCUGCUCAUUUCUAAGGAGCCCUUUGACCGCCUGUGGGCAGCGGCGCUCAGCUUCAACACACAGCAGGAGCGCUGGCUUAACGGAGCGCUGCUGCAGGUCAGCGCAGAGGAGGUGGAGGAGCAGGUGCAGAGUUUAUGGAAGACCAGUUACAAGCUGACGAAGGUACUGCAUCACCCGGACCUGCACGGGCCCCUGAAAGCUGCCACCACCAUCAAGACCAAGCUGGACAAGUUCCGAAUCAACAUGCCGCUCAUCAAGGCACUGUGCAGCCCUGGCAUCAAGCAGAGGCACUGGAACCUCAUGAGCAGGAAGGUGGGUUUCAGCAUUGCUCCUCAGGAGACCACGUCGCUCAGUGAGAUCCUGCAGCUGGGGCUGGAGAAGCACCUGGAGGAGCUGAGCCAGGUGAGCGUCCAGGCAGGGAAGGAGUAUGCCCUGGAGCAGGCACUGGAGCACAUGGAGAGAGACUGGGAGCAUGUCUGCUUCAGCUUUGUGCCCUACCGAGACUUCGGGGUCAGCGUGCUGGCAGCCGUCGACGACAUCCAGGUUCUGCUGGAGGAUCAUGUUGUGAAGACCACCACCAUGAAGGACUCCCCAUUCAUCGCCCCCUUCGAGGAGCAGCUGCUCUCCUGGGAGGCCAGGCUGCGACUGAUGCAGGACGUCCUGGAGUCCUGGCUCCGGGUGCAAAUGGCCUGGCUUUACCUGGAGCCCAUUUUUGGCUCGGAGGAUAUCCGUAACCAAAUCCCCGUGGAAGGGAAGCUCUUCGAAGCCGUGGACAGUACCUGGAGGCAGGUCAUGACUGAGGCGCAGCAGACUGGCAAUGCCAUGCGGGUUAUCUCUCAGGUCCAGGUGCACAGUAAACUCAAAGAGGCCGAGUCGAUGCUGGAUGACAUUCAGAGAGGCUUAAACGACUACUUAGAGAAGAAAAGGCUCUUCUUCCCAAGGUUCUACUUCCUGUCGAACGACGAGCUGCUGGAGAUCCUGUCGGAGACGCGGGACCCCAUGCGUGUGCAGCCCCACCUCAAGAAGUGCUUCGAGGGCAUCGCCAAGCUGAGCUUCAACGCGGGCUACGAGAUCACGCACAUGGAGUCUGCAGAGAGCGAACGUGUGGAGCUGGUGUGCAGGAUCGUACCCGCACAGGCCCGGGGCCUCGUCGAGCAGUGGCUGCACCAGGUGGAGAGGGUGAUGAAGGAAUCUCUCCAGCAGGCUCUGCUCCGCUCCAUCACUGCAUACCCCCAGACCCCCCGACACCACUGGGUGCUGCACUGGCCUGGGCAGGUGGUGCUGGCCACCAGCAUUAUCUACUGGACCCUGGAGCUCUCGCAGGCCAUUACCCAGGAAGGGGGUCUGCAGUCCUACCUGGAGAAGAGCAACAGGCAGGUGGAGGACAUCGUGAGACUGGUCCGAGGCAAGCUCACUAAAAUGGAACGCAUUACCCUGGGGGCUCUGAUCACCGUCGACGUUCACGCUCGGGAUGUGGUGGCGCAGCUAAAGGAGCUGGGUGUCAACACUACCACCAACUUCCACUGGGUGGCGCAGCUGCGGUACUACUGGGAGGAGGGGCGUGCUGUGGUGAGGAUGAUCACCACGUCGGUGCCAUAUGGCUACGAGUACCUGGGCAACACCAGCCGGUUGGUCAUCACCCCCCUCACUGACCGCUGUUACAGGACGCUGAUGGGAGCGCUGCAGUUAAACCUGGGAGGAGCUCCAGAGGGACCGGCUGGGACAGGGAAGACAGAAACCUGCAAGGACCUGGCCAAAGCCGUGGCCAAACAGUGCGUUGUGUUCAAUUGCUCUGACGGCCUGGACUACAAAGCCAUGGGGAAAUUCUUCAAAGGACUGGCGCAGUCUGGAGCCUGGGCCUGCUUUGAUGAGUUUAAUCGGAUCGAGCUGGAGGUGCUCUCUGUCGUGGCGCAGCAGAUCCAGACUAUCCAGAGAGCCGUGUCGGAGCGAGCAGAGAGCUUCGUGUUUGAGGGGACCCAGAUCUCCCUGGACCCAUCCUGCACUGUCUUCAUCACCAUGAACCCUGGGUACGCAGGCAGGGCCGAGCUUCCAGACAACCUGAAGGUGUUGUUCCGCACUGUGGCCAUGAUGGUGCCGGACUACGUCCUGAUUGCGGAGAUCUCUCUCUACGCCAUCGGCUUUGUCGACGCCCGCAACCUGGCAGCAAAAAUCGUGGCCACUUACAGACUAUGCUCGGAGCAGCUAUCCUCACAGCACCACUAUGACUAUGGGAUGCGCGCGGUGAAGUCCGUGCUGACGGCCGCCGGAAACCUGAAAGUGAGGCUGCCGGAGGAGAGGGAGGACGUGCUCAUGCUGAGAUCCAUCAACGACGUCAACCUGCCCAAGUUCUUGUCCCAGGACAUCCCCCUGUUUGAGAGCAUCGUCUCGGACCUCUUCCCUGGGGUGGAGCUGCCCGCCGCCAACCACUGCGACAUGGAGACGGCCAUCCGCGAGGUUGCUCAGCGCUGCCACCUGCAGGCCGUGCCCUGGUUUAUCACCAAGAUCCUCCAGGUGUAUGAGAUGAUGCAGGUACGGCACGGCUUCAUGCUGGUUGGCGGGCCGCUGGGGGGGAAGUCGUCAGCUUUGCGGGUGCUGUCGGGGGUGCUGGCGCUGCUGGAGGAGCGGGGGCUGAGGGAGGAGCACCGGGUCGACCGUGUCAUCAUCAACCCCAAGGCCGUCUCCAUGGCGCAGCUCUAUGGCAGCUACGACGCGGUCUCGCACGAGUGGAGCGAUGGGGUCCUGGCCAAUGUGUUCCGGAAGCACGCCACCAGCCCGACCCCGGACAGGAAGUGGUGCGUGUUCGACGGGCCUGUGGACGCGGUCUGGGUUGAGAAUAUGAACACCGUCCUCGACGACAAUAAGAAGCUGUGUCUGAUGAGCGGGGAGAUCAUUCAGAUGAGUCCCCAACAGAACAUUAUCUUCGAGGUGCUGGACCUGGAGCAGGCCUCUCCGGCCACGGUCAGCAGGUGUGGGAUGAUAUACAUGGAGCCCAUGGACCUGGGCUGGGAGCCGUUAGUCCAGUCCUGGCUGGAAACCAAGCUGCCCCAUUUCCUGACCUCGGAGCAGAAGCACUUGGUAAAGCUGCUGUGUGAGUGGCUGCUUCCACCAUGUUUGGACUUCAUCCAGAAGCGAUGCCGCCUGGUGGUGCAGUCAUCCCCGAUGCACCUCACCUCCGCCCUGCUCAAGCUCUACCAGUGCCUGCUGGCUGAGAUCAGUGUGGACUCUGCAGUGGAGAGAGAAGAGGCCUGUGUCGAGACUCUGGACGAGCAGGAAAAAAGCUUCCAGGCCAGCAAGCAGAAACAGCAGGAGGAGACCAGCAGCAUGAUCGUGGCCGGAGCCUUUUUCUCCGUGGUCUGGUCACUGGGGGGUCUCCUUGACGCCUCCUCCAAGCAGCGGUUCAGCGAGUUCUUCAAGAGCCUCUGUGACCAGGAUUCCAAGCAGCCCCACCCCCGAGAGCUCCGGAUUCCCCGUGCCCUGCAGAUGCCCAAGCGGGACAGCGUGUUCCACUACGUGUUCUUGCGCAGGAACGUCCCCUCCUGGUACCUGUGGAGGGAGCUCCUCGCCCCUGCCAGCCUGGAGCCCUGCAUGAAGACUGGUGAUAAGGGCCUGCAUCUCCAGCUCAGUGACAUCAUUGUGGCCACGACGGAGACUACGGUUCAGAAGUACUUCUUGGAGAAGCUGCUGCUGCGGGACAAGCCGCUGCUCUUCGUAGGACCCACAGGCACGGGAAAGACAGCUAUCACCAACAGCUUCCUGGGCCAGCUGCCCCCUGAGAAAUACUCCGUCUGCCAGCUCAGCUUCUCCGCCCAGACCUCUGCCAGCCAGGUUCAGGACGUCUUGCUCACCAAGCUGGAGAGGCACAGGAAGGGGGUGUACGGAGCCCCUCCUGGGAGGCGUGUCCUUCUCUUCGUCGAUGACCUCAGCAUGCCUACCAAGGAGCGUUACGGAGCCCAACCACCCAUCGAGCUGCUGCGGCAGUGUACCGAGCAUGGCUAUUGCUUCGACAGGAAGGACAGCAGCAUGCUGCACAUCCAGGACACCUCUAUAGUUGUGGCAAUGGCUCCCCCAAGUGGAGGGAGGCAAGCAGUGACUCCCAGAUUCCUCCGGCACUUCAAUGUCAUUUCAAUAGAUGCCUUCAGUGAGGACACAAUGAAAUCCAUCUUCCAGCCUGUCAUGGACUGGCAUUUCAACAGGGGCUUCGAGAACUCCCUCAAGCGCUACUCCAGGAUCUUAGUCUGGGCUACUACCGAGGUGUACACACAGACUGUACUGAACUUCCUCCCCACCCCCUCCAAAUCACACUACACCUUCAACCUGAGGGACUUCUCCAGAGUCAUACAGGGUCUGCUCCUGCUCCCAUCAGAGGUGCUGCCCGAGGGGAGCGAUGGCGUCCACAAGCUUAUGCGGCUCUGGAUCCAUGAGGUGCACCGCGUCUUCGCUGACCGCCUGGUCGACGACAAGGACAGGAAGCUCUUCUUCCAGCUCGUUAAGGGGGUGGUGCAGAGCCAGUUCAAGGAGAAGAUGCCCAGCCUGUUUGGUCACAUGGUGAUUGGCCGGGAUGUCCAGGAGGAGGACAUGAGGGGUCUGUUUUUCGGGGAUUACCUGAGCCCUCGCAACACCGAGGGAGCCCCCCGACAUUACGACGAGAUCCAGGACAGCAGCCAGCUGAAACAGACUAUGGAGCGCUACCUGGAGGAGUUCAACGUCCUGAGCAAGGCUCCCAUGAACCUGGUUAUGUUCCAGUUUGCCAUCGAGCACAUCUCUCGACUCAGCAGGGUCUUCAAACAGCCGGGCGGACACGCACUUCUCAUAGGUAUCGGAGGGAGCGGACGGCAGUCUGUCACGCGACUGGCUGCCUUCAUGGCAGAGCUGGAGCUGUUCCAGGUGAAAGUUCAGAGGUCGUACUCUGUGAGCGAAUGGAGGGAGGAUCUGAGGCAUGUGCUGAGGGGGGUGGGGCAGAAUGGCACCCCCACUGUCUUCCUGUUCGCAGACCACCAGAUCAAGGACGAGUCUUUCUUGGAGGACAUCAACACGAUCCUGAACUCGGGCGACAUCCCCAACCUGUUUGAUAAGGAGGAGUGGCUGGAGAUCAUUGAGAAGAUGCAGCAGCUUUCCCCAGUUGAGGAUUCUCGUGGCUCUGUCUCUCCAGCCAGCCUGUACAGUCUCUUCACUCAGCUCAUCCGCAGCAACCUGCACAUGGCCCUGGCCUUCAGCCCCAUCGGAGAGGCAUUCCGGAACCGCCUGCGCUGCUUCCCCGCGCUGCUCACCUGCUGCACCAUCGACUGGUUCCAGGCGUGGCCUGAGGACGCCCUGGAGAAGGUUGCAUAUCACUUCCUGGACGACGUGGAGAUGUCACAGGAAGUCAGGAGUGCAUCUGUCUUCAUGUGCAAGCACUUCCAUCAGAGUGUGGUGACACUGUCUCAGAGAUUCUUUGAGUCUCUCCAGAGGAGGACCUACGUCACGCCCACCUCCUACCUGGAGCUCAUCAAGACUUUCAAGAGCCUUCUGGAGAGCAAGCGCCUGGAGCUGCUGACCAGCAAGAACCGCUACCUGGUGGGGCUGGACAAGCUGGACUUUGCCGCAGCACAGAUCGCGCUGAUGCAGGAGGAGCUGCGGGAGCUGAAGCCCCUGCUGAUGGAGCGCAGCAAGGAGACGGCCGAGCUGCUGACAGUCAUCGCCGACGAGACCCUGGAGGUGGGGGUGGUGAAGAGAGAGGUGGAGGCAGACGAGGCCACAGCCAACAGGGCGGCGCAAGAGGCAAAGGCCAUCAAGGAGGAAUGCGAGCAGAAGCUGAGCAUCGCCAUGCCGGCCCUCAACGCCGCCAUCACCGCCCUGGACACUCUGAAGGCCAGUGACAUCACCCUGCUGAAGACCAUGCAGAACCCCCCCUCUGGAGUGCGCAUCACCCUGGCAGCCAUCUGCAUCCUGAAGGGAAUAAAGCCUGAGAAGAAGGUGGACCCCAACGGCAGGAGCAGCGACGAUUACUGGCCCUCUGCUAAGAAGAUGCUCGGAGACAUGAAGUUUUUGGAGUCUCUCAAAGAGUUCGAUAAGGAUAACAUUCCCCACAAGGUGAUUGCUCAGAUCCGACGGGAUUUAAUCAGUAACCCGGAGUUCCAGCCGUCUGUCAUCAAGAACGUGUCCUCGGCCUGCGAGGGGCUGUGCAGCUGGGUGAGGGCCAUCGAAGUCUAUGACAAAGUGGCCAAGAUUGUAGCCCCGAAGCGGCAGCGGCUGGAGGCAGCAGAGGCAGAGCUGGGGGUCCAGAUGGAGAAGCUUGGUGUGACGCGGGCCGAGCUCGCCGUGGUGAGCACCAAGCUAGCCGGACUGCAGGAGCAGCUCUCCCAGAAACUACUGGAGAAGAGGAGCCUGGAGGAGAGUAUCGAGCUGACCAAGCUGAAACUGGAGCGUGCAGAGAAGCUGAUAAGUGGUCUGGGAGGGGAGAAGGAGCGCUGGUUACAGAUCUCCCAGCAGCUCCAGGACACCUACCAGAACAUCGUGGGGGACGUACUGCUCAGCGCUGGGCUGGUGGCAUACCUGGGGCCCUUUACGCCUCACUUCAGACAGGAGGUUCUGAAGGAGUGGUCAAGGAUGUGUAAGCAGAAGGAGAUCCCAGUCUCCCCCAACUUCUCCCUGUCUGCUACGCUGGGGGACCCUGUCAGCAUCAUGGAGUGGCAGCUCUAUGGGCUGCCCCGUGACACGUUCUCAGUGGAGAAUGCCAUCAUCGUGACCUGCUCGCGCCGCUGGCCUCUUAUGAUAGACCCCCAGGGCCAGGCCAACAAGUGGCUCAAGAACAUGGAGAAGCUCAACAAGCUGCACGUGUGCAAAGCCUCAGACCCAGACUACCUGCGCACGCUGGGAAACUGCAUCCAGUUCGGUACUCCCAUGCUGCUUGAGAACCUUUCUGAGGAGCUGGACCCGGUGCUGGAGCCUCUGAUGUUGCGACAGACCUUCAAACACAAUGGGGUGGAGUACCUGCGCUUGGGCGAGUCCACCAUCCAGUACAGCCACGACUUCAGACUGUACCUGACCACCCGCCUCCGCAACCCCCACUACCUGCCCGAGGUCUCCGUCAAGGUGACUCUCCUCAACUUCAUGAUCACCCAGAUGGGCCUGGAGGACCAGCUGCUGAGCAUCGUGGCAGCCGAGGAGAAGCCUGAGCUGGAGGAGAGCAAGAACCAGCUGUACCUGGAGGGGGCGCGCAACAGGAAGCAGUUGAAGGAGAUCGAGGAUCAAAUCCUGGAGGUGCUCUCCCUGUCACAGGGGAACAUCCUGGAGGACGAACGAGCCAUCAACAUUCUGUCCUCCAGCAGGAAGCUGUCACAGGAGAUCCUGGAGAAGCAGGAGAUCACCACGGCAACCGAGAGGGAGAUCGAUGACACGCGGGACGGGUACCGGCCGGUUGCGAACCAUUCCAGUGUGCUGUUCUUUGUCAUCUCGGACCUGGCAAACAUCGACCCCAUGUACCAGUACUCCCUGGCCUGGUUCAUCAACCUCUACAUCAACUCCAUCACCCAGAGCGAGCGAUCCACACUGCUGCACGAGAGGAUCAGCAAUCUCAACACUCACUUCACAUACAGUGUGUACCAGAACGUGUGCCGCUCGCUGUUUGAGAAGCACAAGAUGCUCUUCUCCUUCCUGCUCUGCGUGGGGCUGCAGCGGAACCGCGGCCGAGUGGACGAGGCGGAGUGGCGCUUCCUACUGACCGGGGGUGUGGCCCUGGAGAAUCCCUACUCAAACCCAGCCCCCGCCUGGCUCAAGGGCCAAUCCUGGGGCGAGCUGGUGCGCCUGUCCACCCUGACCUCCUUCUCCAGCCUCAGGAAGCACUUCUGCUCCAACGUGGCAGAGUGGAAGAAGAUCUACGAUGCCUCCCACCCCAAUGAGCUUCCCCUGCCAGAUCCCUGGGAAGACCUGCUGACCGCAUUCCAGAGACUGUUGGUCCUGCGCUGCAUCCGUCCAGACAAGAUCAUUCCUGCAGCCCAGCAGUUCAUCAUUGACCACAUGGGCGCCCCCUACAUCGAGCCCCCAACCUUCGACCUCCAGCGCAGCUACAGGGACUCCAGCCACGGCACCCCCCUGGUGUUCCUGCUCUCACCCGGGGCCGACCCCAUGGCCAUUCUCCUGCGCUUCGCAGAGGAGCAAGGGAUGGCAGGGGCCCUGCAGACCAUCUCCCUGGGCCAGGGGCAGGGACCCAUCGCUCGCAGGAUGAUCCAGAAGGGCGUUGCUGAGGGCACCUGGGUGGUCCUGCAGAACUGUCACCUGGCUGCCAGCUGGCUCCCAGAGCUGGAGCAGAUCUGCCAGGAGCUCAUCCCAGACCGGGAGCGCACGCAGCCAGGCUUCCGCCUCUGGCUGACCAGCUACCCUUCGGCGGACUUCCCCGUGUCCAUCCUGCAGGAUGGCAUCAAGAUGACCAACGAGCCGCCCAAGGGACUGCGCGCCAACCUUCUGCGCUCCUACCUGUCCGAUCCCAUCUCCGACCCUGCCUUCUACAGAGGCUGCAGCAAGCCCCAGGAGUGGGAGAGGAUGCUGUUCGGACUGUGCUUCUUCCACGGGCUGGUUCAGGAGCGGCGCAUGUUCGGCUCGCUGGGCUGGAACAUUCCGUACGAGUUCAACGAGUUCGACCUGCGGAUCAGCGCUCGGCAGGUCCAGAUGUUUCUGAACGAGUACAGUGAGGUGCCUCUGCAGGCGCUCACCUACCUAACGGGGGAGUGUAACUAUGGGGGCCGCGUGACGGACGAGUUCGACCGAAGGCUGUUACUCAGCCUGCUCGCCACCUUCUACAACCAGGAGCUGCUCUCUCACGAUGAUCACCCCCUCUCCUCCAGCGGGGUGUACCGCGUGCCCCUGGGCAGAGGCAUCCACAGUUACUUGGAAUACAUAAGGAGCCUGCCCCUCAACGCCAGCCCUGAGGUGUUCGGACUGCAUGAGAAUGGGAACAUCACCAAGGAGCACAAGGAGACUCGGGAGCUGUUUGAGGGGAUCCUGGCCACGCUGCCCCGAGAGGUCUCAGGCGCUGGGAAGUCUUCCACUGAGGUGGUGCAGGAGCUGGCCGCAGACAUCCUCUCCAAAAUCCCUCCAGACUUCAAUAUAGAGGAUGUGAUGCAGCGCUACCCGAUCUGCUACAGCGAGUCCAUGAACACGGUGCUGGUGCAGGAGCUGCUGCGUUUCAGCCGGCUCACUGGCACAGUGCGCUCCAGUCUACAAGACUUGGGCCGGGCCCUGAGGGGCCAGCUACUCCUCUCAACUGAGCUGGAGGACAUGUUCAACAGCAUCAUCAUGGGCAAGGUUCCUGCCAUGUGGUUGGUGACAUCAUACCCAUCUCUGAAGCCGCUGGGCAGCUACAUCAGCGACCUGCUGCUGCGACUGCAGUUCUUCAGGGACUGGAUAGACAGGGGCGCCCCAGCUGUGUUCUGGAUCUCAGGGUUCUUCUUCACUCAAUGCUUCCUGACGGGGGUGCUGCAGAACCACGCCCGCAAAUACCACGUCCCCAUUGACCACCUGGGCUUCCAGUUCCACGUGAUGGACCCCCCUAGCACCAGGACCCCCCCUUCGCCACUGCAGGUGGAUGGUGUGUUCAUUCAGGGCUUGUUCAUUGAAGGGGCUCGCUGGGACCAGGAGAGGAGGACCAUCGCAGAGUCUCUGCCCAAAGUCCUGUUCGAAAGCCUGCCGAUCAUCUGGUUAAAACCAAGUGAGAAAUCUUCACUGAAGGAGUCCUCCACAUACGCAUGUCCAGUCUACAAAACCAGCGUGCGACGCGGGCUGCUGUCCACCACUGGUCACUCUACCAACUACGUGCUGACCAUCCAGCUGCCCUCGGAGCGCCCGCAGAACCACUGGAUCAAUAGGGGCGUGGCCUGCCUCUGUCAGCUGGACUAUUAGGAUUUACAGGCUAGUCCCAUCAGAAAAAAAAAACGCAAACACUGUGUGUUGGGAUUAGCAAUACCUUAACAGUGGAGUCUCGUUCCCAUCACAGGAAAGGACGUGUAGGGGUGACAAGCUUGUGAUUUCCACCCAGGAACUGCUGUUAUACCAUUGCUUUCAUCCCCCAUAUAACAAACUCAAGGCAACGUUGACUUUAUCUCUGGUCCACCUAGGGGCUUUAAACCACAAGUCGAGAAGUUUCAUACAGUAAAUCACCUUCAUACAGUAAAUCACAAGAUCAGGUGUGUCUGAUUAUUCCCAUAGUAAAACCUGAAAGGGCUCAAAGUGAUUUGUAAUGGGAGCCUUGAUUCCAUCUCUGAAUACAGAGCAUGCAAAUAACGAUGCCAAUCAUAUCGACAAGCAGGUGCCUCAGUGCAGGAAGGAACUGUAGUUUUCAAUCCAAGCAGGGGUGUUAUCUGCUAGGAUUCGUGCUGUUCUCAGGCAGCAUUCAAAACCAGGGAGACACGUCACACAUAGUAAAACAUUGUUAGGAGGGCUUAAACAAGGUUGAGAAGCACUGUUUUAAGUGAAAGAGCGCACACGCAAAAUAUCACUCAGUUAAAGACCUUGAACCAUGUAUCCAAUUCAAGCGCCUGGGUUACUGGACAGCUGUGAGAACAACUCGGUACACCACCUCAGCAACUCUGACAAGACUUCCUUGUGUAAAAAUAAAAUGAAAUAAAUAAAGUUAAAAGCGUAAUUUGUUUGGCAAGUUAAAGAUAAGUUUAUACUAUUGUUUUAAUCAAUCUUUUAUACUGUGAUAACAGUUGGAGGUUUUUUUUUUGCAGGAUCCUGAAAAUAAAGUACUGCUCUACAUUCUAAAAAUGGCUUUAAAUCCACUCUGCUUGCUUGU